GUGACGUCACAGGCACCAAUGGCCGCUAGUCUGUUGCUAUGUAUAAGCUAGUACGGAAAAGCCUUUGUUUGGUUUUGUGUAUCAGAAGCGUAGUGUAGCUGCUUUAUUCUCCUCCUGACACAGACAGAGGCUUUUCCCCACAAACAUUACUGCAACUGCGUGUAAUUAUUUCUGCAAAAAAGCUCCUUCUGGAACGUGACAUGUAUUUGUAAAGCUCCCUCCGUCCAAAGAAGCCUCAUGGAACCGAGUAACGAUGUGGCGCUGGACAUUAUCAUCACAAACGUGGUUUCUGUCUUCAGGACCAGGUGUCAUUUAAACCUGCGCACUAUCGGCCUGGAGGGGACUAACGUCAUCUACAGACCAGAAGUCGGGAAAGUGCUGAUGAAGCUCCGCAAACCUCGCAUCACUGCCUCAAUAUGGUCAUCAGGGAAAAUCAUUUGCACUGGUGCAACAAGCGAGGACGAGGCUAAACUGGGUGCCAGGAGGUUAGCCCGCUGCCUCCAGAAGAUUGGAUUCAAGGUCAGGUUUUCAGAUUUUAAGGUAGUAAACGUCCUGGCAGUGUGCUCCAUGCCCUUUCAGAUCCGCCUCAUCGAGUUCACCAAGAACAACCGUCCCAUAGCCAGCUAUGAGCCUGAGCUUCAUCCAGCUGCUUCAUACAGAAUUAAAACCCUUAGGAGCACAGUGCAGGUGUUCUCCACAGGCAGCAUCACAGUUACAGGACCAAAUGUUCAGAGUGUUGCCUCAGCUGUGGAACACAUAUAUCCUCUACUGUUCGAGUGUCAGAAAAAACUGGCGUAAAACAUACACACACCCACACACACUCUGGAAAAACCCGAAGAAGCACCUUAUAAAUGAAUGUGUUGUAAGACGUUAAACUUUUGGCCUCAUCGUCGUGUAGUAAUCGAACAUUUUAAUCAAACGUUAUUUUAGUGCAUGGACGCCAAAGUCGACGAGACACUGUUGCUAUUUUUCCGGAACGUCGGGAGUUACAGAAAAAAAAAACUGAAGCUGGCUUUAGUAGAGCAACACAGAGGACGGACUUUAAACAAGAGCGGCCGCACUAAACAGGACGUGAUGUAAUAUUUACCUUAAACAAGAACACUCUGCUUCACGAGGCAGCGUGCAGUUUACGUGUUUAUGUACAAUGUCCACUUUGGUAUUUUAUAAUAAAGACUGAAUAAAAUAAUAA